CACAACUUUCUCAAUUACUCAAUUUACCCCUUAAUUUGUGAAUGAGGAGGGAGCUUACGCGUGCGUGUAUAGGGAAUAUCUUUUAUAAAUUUGCUUAACAACGAAACAAAACAAUAUCAACAAAGACUUGGAAUGGCAUCUUGACGUUUAUGCAUUAAAUGUAAGAAGAUCACUAUGAAUUUUAGUUGUAUAUAAUAAUAAAAAGUCAUGAUAGAAAUGAAUGAAGUGACAAAUCUAAUGGAUCGAUUAAUGAAAGUGAAUAUUUUUCAUCCAUCGGAAAAACUUCAAAUGUUGAAAGACGAAGAAAAGAUAUUUCUCGAUCCAAAUAUAAUAAUGAACGAAAGACAUCGAAUAUUGCAAGAAAAAUCCAAUUCGCCAUUCAAUGGCUCUGUUUUGAAAGAAGCUAAAAAAUUGUUAAUAGAAGAAGAGAUACAACAAUUAUAUAUAAAGAAACAGCAACAAGUUUUAGAGAGAGAAUUGAAGAAAUUUGAAAUGGAAUUAAGUAAAUCUCGACCAAAAUUCUCGAAUUAUACAUGUUGUACAAAAAGAAACUUUGUAUCCUCGGAUGACGAAGACUUUUGGAAGACAGCCAGAAAAUUAAAAAACAAGAUAAUUGUUGAAGAGAAAAGAGAUCAAAUCAAUGGUUCUAAUGAAAAUACGGAUGUUCCGAUAACAGAAAUCAACGAUUCUUUGUUACAAAUAAAUGAUCAAAAAAAUCAAUCUGCCGGAAACAUAAAAAUAACAAUUAAAGAUAAGAUUAAUUUUGAAAUAGAAACGCAACGUUUAUUUCUUUUAAGGAAAUAUUUCGAUAUUUUAAAAUGUAAUGUCGUGGAAGAAAGACGUUUUCGCGAUAUCAAGACAAAAAUUGAGGAAAAUAUAGUAUCGAAAUUAAAGAGAAAAUAUUUCGAUAUUUGGAGAACGCGUACGAAAGAUGCAAAAAUCAGUGGUCAGAAGCAAAAAGAAGAAAAAGAAAUUUUCGAAGAGCAAAAAAUCGAAAUGUUUAUAAAUAAAAUUAUGGAAAGUCAAAAUGCAAUUAUCGGAAAUCAAAAAAUUAGCGAUAAUAGUUUAAUGAUAAAAGAAUCUAAUAAUGCAAAUAAGAAGAAGAGAAACACUUAUUAUAAACAUAUAAUUGUUGAAUCGCCGGCGCAAUGUCGGUUAAAUGCUCAAAAACAAAUAAUAGAAAAGCAAAAAGCCAAAUUGGCUGAACAAAACAGGAUAAUUGAAGAAUUAAAAUUGAAACAGAUGCAGAAGGAAAUAUCUAAUGCGAAUAAGGAGACAAUUGAUAUAGCUAAACAAACUUUCUCUAAUUGUGGGCAUAAUACAAGGAGGACGUUGAUUCAAUUAAUGCAACAAAACGGUUACAGAGACGAAAGUUUAAUGGUACCCCGAAAACGAAUGAAUCCACCGAUAUUUCUAUUAAGAAUGGAAGCACGAGCAGAAGCUAGACGAAAAAGAAUAAGAUUGGCUGCAGAAAUCCGUAAACAGAAACUUGAAGAACAAAAAAGAAUGGAAGAAGCUUCUAGAAUAGAAGAAGAACAAAAGAAGAAAAAGUUACAACAAGAGGCUUUAGCCGAGGCAAAAAGAUUACAAAAAGAGCAAGAACGAAAUCGACAGCGAGAAAUAGAAAAAUUUCAAAGAUUAAAUAAUAUAGCGGAUGAAUUUUAUCGAAAGUAUCUUCUACGACGUUAUAUAAUGAAACCUUUCGUAAUAGUUAUUGAAGAAUUACGAGGUAAUAUUAAAAAAGCGGAAGAUCAUUAUAGAGAAAAAUUGAUAAAAAAAGUUUUUACAACAUGGAAAAUAGAAAUAGAAAAUCAAUAUAAAAUAAAGAUUGAUACUGUUAAAUCAAUUUAUAAUACGAAAUUAAUUUUAAGAAUAUUUAAGGAAUGGAAACACGAAGUUAGGGAAUUGAAGUUGAAAUAUCAAGUUGCAAUAGACUUUUAUGAUAUGAAACUUUUAGAUAACUUUUUUAAAUUAUGGCAAGUAAUAGCAAUUGAACUUAAAACAAAAACUGAAAUAAAAGAAAAAUUAAUUAUGAAUAUUUAUGAAAAUAAAUUAAAAAUCAAAUAUUUCAAUACAUGGAAAAAAUAUCUAACAAUUGCUACAAACAUUAGAGAAAGUGAAAAAAGAAAAGAUGAAUUGCGACAAUUAGUAUUAAAAGUAAUUCCUGAUUUUGAUCCUAAACAAAGAGGUGUAAUAUCAGAGGAUUAA